GCCUCUCUGAGGCAUCCGAAUUGUUUGCAAGCAGCAAGGGCAAGCUGGCAAAUUGUGAUGCGCAUUGCAAAACGAAUGCAGGAGCUGAGCUGAGAUUGAGUUGCUGCUUGUUGCUCCUCCUGCCACAAACCUGGAAGGGUCUACCUGCGGACAGCAUGUCCUGCUGCAGCAGUGUCCUUUUUAGGGAGCUGCAGCUCGGACUUGGCGGGCAACUAAGGACGGUGUCACGGGUUCAGACUGCGCAGACCAGCUCUAGUUGGGCUCCAAAGUUGACACCAAUUCGUGAGCUCGUUUUGGAUUAUAAGAGGCUUUCGUUUCCAGCCACCACCCCUCCAUCAGAAAGAAAGAAGGCUGCCAUGUUGAGGCUUGCCGCCUUGCGGGCAAGGGGCAUUCAGACUGCUUCUCUGGGGGUGCAUCAAGUCUCUAGGAAUGUCCGUUCUUUAUUUGAAGCUGUUCCUACGGAGAGCUUUCCAAUUGGAAGGCAAUGGAGACAUCUCAACGCUGCUGCCGCCAGCGAUGCUGCGAUUGUCGAUGUUUUGGACGAGUCCGUGAUUGACAGCCAGUCAACAUCCUUGAGCUCAUCAUCAGACUUGCGACCAGACACAUCGCAACUAGAUGCGGCUGCUCAAGAACAUGAGCUGGGUCCGGAAGGCCACUCAGAAAACUUGUCGGAAAUGCCGUCUGAAACUCCCUCCAACACCUUGUCCGAAAUCGCAAACCUCAGCAGCGAAACGCUUAUGGGCGCCGCCGAGAAGGCCGCCGCCGCCGCCGUGCUUCCGAAAACCAAACCCAUCCAUCCAAAACAAAACUCCGAGCUAGAACUGGUCUGCGAGAGCCUGGCCUACGGAGGGGCUGCCGUGUGCAAAGUCCCGGAAACGGGCUUCGUGUUGAUGGUCAACGGGGCGCUUCCGGGGGAGAGGCUGCUAGCGCGCGUGAUGAGGAAAAAGCGGAGUAUGGCGCAGGCUGUGAAGCUCAGGACGUUAGAACCGCCGCCAAAUCUGGUGGAACCCCCGUGCCAGCACGCGACAGAUUGCGGCGGGUGUAAGACACAGAACUGGGCGUAUGAGUCGCAGGUAGCGGAGAAGCAAAAACAGGUCGAGGAGCUUAUCAUCCGGGUGGGACGCUUUCCCAGAGGCUCCGGCUGGAUGAAGCCCGCCGUGCCCUGCGAACAACGCUUCAACUACAGGAACAAGAUGGAGUUCUCUUUCGGCAACCGGAUCUGGACGGCCGUGGCUCCGGGAAAGGCCCCACGGACCGCGCCGGGAACCGCGAAACCGCCCCCGCAACGAGGGACCGACUUUGGGCUGGGUCUGCACGCUCCGGGCAGGUUCGAUAAGAUUUUGCCCAUUGACGAGUGCUGGCUGCAAGACGCCGCCGCCAACCGGGUUUUGCGGAUCGUCGCGGAGUGGGCACGUGGCAGCCAGGCGGAGUGCCCCGUGUACGACAGCGUGACGCACGACGGGUUCCUCCGCCACCUCACCAUCCGAAAGGGCAGCGAUACGGACACGGGGGCCGUCCGGCUGAUGGUGAAUAUCCAGACGGCGGGGUCGCAACCAGAGCUGCUGCAGCCGGUGGUGGACCGCUUAGUCGCGGAGGUGCCGGAGGUUGCGUCCGUCGUGAACAACGUCAACGACUCGCCUGGCUGCGGCUCGGUGGGCAAGCAGGAGCACCUGCUGUACGGAAAACCGUACAUAAAGGAACGACUACGGGGCCUUGAGUUCGAGAUUUCAGCCAACUCCUUCUUCCAGACCAACACCAACCAGGCGGAAGUGCUGUACGGUCUGGUGGAGGACGCAUGCGGGCUGUCGGGUGAAAAGAGCGAGGUCAUUCUGGACCUGUUCUGCGGAACCGGAACAAUCGGGCUCAGUAUGGCGCACCGGGCCAAACAUGUGUACGGCUACGAGCUGGUCCCCGAGGCUGUGGCGGACGCCGUCCGGAACGCCGAGCGGAACGGAAUCCAGAACGCGACGUUCAUCCAAGGGGACCUGAACAAGCUGAAAGAGGACUUUGGGCGGCAGUUCCAGACCCCGGACGUCGUUAUCACAGACCCGAACCGGCCCGGUAUGCACCCGAAGCUGCUGCGGUUCCUGUCCGAGUGCGGCGCGCGGCGCAUCGUGUACGUGUCGUGCAACCCGUCCACGCAGGCGCGGGAUCUCGACGUGCUGUGCCACGGAGAGGACAACCGGGGGGAGGGCGUGGGUCCAUACGAGCUCGUGAGCGUACAACCGGUGGACAUGUUUCCACACACCUCGCACAUAGAGUCGGUCGCCGUACUGGACCAGCGGCUGAGCAGCAGUUGACCAUCAUACCUAGUUCCCCAUAUGGCCUUACUUUGGGUGCACACGCACUUUUUAGAUACGUUGGAUCGAUAUUGUUAUCCGUACUGAUACUGGCUCCGCUGUUUAUCAGGGCUCCAACCUUGCCCAUAUGUCGACGUC